AUAUUGUUAAAAAGUGUGAUAAUUUUCCAUACCUAGAUGAAAAAGAUGAAGAGAAUUUGAUACACAACGUAGUGCCACUAUUAUUAAAUAAUGUUAAAAUAGGACUUAUAUACAAGACAACAAUUCCAGCGUUAAAAAAAUAUAAUGAACAACAUCAAAAACCUUGUCCAUUCAUCAUUGAAGAGACGUUUGUUACAUUUGCAUCGCACUUGAAUACAUUUGAGGAACUAACGCAAGCAAUAAAAAAACUUUUGGAA